AUGAAUAAGUCUUAGCUGCAUCACACAAUCGAUACUCAAGCUUAUUAAAAUAAGAAUAAUUCCACUCUUAUGAACCAGACAACUUAUGAUCACACCAUUGAAAAGGAGUAUAUGUCCAGCAUAUCAGAUGCAUUUUAGAGAGCAGAGGAAGAAACAAGAAAAGCAGAAUAAAUGCUUGCUAAAUGGCGAAAAGAUCACUCAAAAACUAUUCAAAAUAUUGAACAAAGAAGCACUCAGAGAAACAAUAACAAUAAGAGUUCUUAAAGCAAUUAUUCUCAGAAUGAAAGCAGAUAAAGAAGUGGAAGAGAGACGAUUGAAAACAAUGAUCCGCAUACAUAGAGCAAGAGUUUCGAUAAAAAAUUGGAUAAGAAGCCAAGGAUAUUUUAGAACUAAUAUCUGUAAUAAACUUUAGUAGGUUAACCAAUUGAUAAUCAUCAAGAAAAUAAGAAUUAUUAUCUCUAAUAAUAGCCAUCUCGGUAUCCAUAAAGGAAUUUAGAUCCAGAAAUGCUUGAGGAGAUAUCAAACACAUAUAAUUCAUUUGACAAGAGACAUUUGAAUGAGAAUUCAAGUGUGACUCUAGGAUAAGUUAAUCAUUCUACGAGAUAUCAAAAUACCACUACUGAAAAUGAAUAACUUCAAAAUUAGUAUAAUUACUUCAGCACUGUAACUUCUUAAAGUAUCCCAUAAAACUAGCUAAAGAAUAUAAAUCGAUCAAUUAGUCAAGAGUAUCAUAUGAAUGAUGAAAAUAAAAACAUCUCGAACUUAAUAAAACCAAUGAUGAUAUAAAACACCUCAUAGAAUACUAUUCAAGACUUCAUCAACAUCGAAAAAGAAUCUGAAAUCAUUAAGCUAGAUAAAUAUUAUAAGCAACUAUUGAAAUCAGAAAAAGAUGAGUUUUAAAGACAACUAUAAAAGGCUAAAGAACAAGCCAAAAAAGAAGCUGAGAAGAAGCUGAAAUCUUAGCUGAACGAUAUGAAAGAUAAAUUAGAGGAGCAUGAAACUUUAGAAAUUUAACUAUCAAAGUUGAAGAUAGCGAAUGACAAGCUUAGUAAAGACUAUGAAAGCACUAAGAAAAAGAAUAAGAAACUUGAUAGCAAGAAUCUCAGACUCGAGGAACAAAUUAAAACGCUCUAGAAAAAAUUAGAUGACUUAUGGGAAAGGUAGAAUCUAGAGAAAGAAAACAUUAAAUUAAUUUCAAAGUACGAGGUAGAGUCAGAAUCUAGAAAGACUAUUAAUGAAUUGACAUUGAAAUUGAUAGAUUUAGAAAAAUAAUUAAGAGAAAAGGAUCAAGAAAAUUAGUUUCACAUGAAUAAAAAUGAGGAAUUAUAAAGAACCAUUGAUACUGAGAUAAAGUAUAAUCAACUAAUGAAUAAAUCCCAGGAUAAGGUCUAUGAAUGCGAAAUCUAGGUUCUCAAAUAAGAAAACACUCAAUUGAGAGAUCAGUUACAGCUACUGGAGAUGGAAAGUAAUGAUAUCAAACAAAAUGGUCAUGAUGUUAAUUAAAAAUAUGAGUCUUUAAAGAGAAAAUUUGCUAUUGUUGUAAAAGAAAAAGAGAUGAUUGAACAAAACAGACUGAUGGAGACAGCUCAAUUCAAAUAGAGCACAUCUUAACAUUAAUCAAGAUCUGCAAACUUUGAGUGCGAUAAAUGUGAUAAAUGGAGAUAUAAAGCUUAGGAACUUACUGAAAAAUACUUCAUGAUGCUUAAAAACAUGAAAAUUGAGCUUGACCAGCUAAGAUAAGAUAACCGUUCAAUCAUCACCAAUGGACAGAGAGAUAUCCACUCUAAUAUCAUUUAAUAUCUGAAGGAACAUCUAGACCAGAUGAAGGCAAAAUCUAAAUCUAAAGACGAAAUAGCCAAAAGAAGUUCAAGUUUCAACAGGGCCAAAGUUUCUCAAUCUUAGAUAAUUAGUAGUGAGAGAGAUAUAGUAUCGUAGCAUGUAAAGGAUGAUUAUGAUCCAAAUUACAGUGGGCUACACUUACUAAAGAAAAACUCAUCUUUUAAUGGUUAAAUAGGCCAACAUAAUCACUAGCUUCAUAGGACAAUAGCAAAAACUAAAAAGAAAAAGCUUAAUGAUAGAGAUCUUGUAAAAGUCAAAAAAUACAGAUCAAAGAGCCAGCAGAACAAGAAAGAGAAGAAGAUAAAAAUAAAGUCAAAGAACCCAAUAAGAGUGCAAGUUACAAUCAAGCCACCCUAGGGUAUGGGAAAGAAAAAUGAAGUAUAGCCAAUGCAGGACAAAUAAAAGAUAGAUGCUCUUGGGCAUAAUGGAAGCAGUGAUUAGUUGCCAACAAACUUCUUGUAUGAAACAGACCAGCAUAACUAUAGUUCCCCAGACAUAGGCCCUAUGUAGUCUAAGCAGCAAGUAAAUUUCUCUGGAUUGAAAUCUACUCAUAUCGGGCAAGCUGAUGGAUCUACUGAGAACGCUAAUUUCAUCGAUGAUGAGGAAAGGAUCAAUAGGAGGAAUGUUGAAGGACCUAGUAAAAAGCAAAGGCUACAAAAUCAGUAGGCAUUUACUGAAGUUGUUUCUCAUAAUGGGAUACAGAGGUAAAUUACAACCUAGAAUUUAGAUGAGUAAAUUGGAAAGAAUGAAUAAUAACAGAAAUUACAAGGGUUGUCUGUUGCCCUUGAUUCGAUCAGAACUGGAGAAAAUUCUGUUAUCUAGCAACGAAUCAUCUUAGUUUAGAAAUUCCAAACUCAAAUAAAUAGAACCCAACAAUAUCAUUCAAUAAUGAUUCUAAUGCAACCCUAAGCCCUUCAAGAGUGCCUAGUUCAAGACGAACUUCUAAGAGAAGAAGAGACUAAUUUGGUACUAGAAUAGCUCGAGGAUCAAAGCGUCACAAGUAGAGAAUUACAAAAAAUUUAAUAAAAACUCGCAGGAUGA